UCUGCGGUCACUCACUCACCAUCCAGCCCCCUCAUCAGGACUCUCAGCCGGCUCCGCCCCGCCGUGCUCCCCCCUCCCCGGCUCUGGUUGUAGUUUCCCAGAGUGUGCAGGAGGAGCGGGGGCGACGUGGAGAAGUCUCGGCGUUUGUGGGACUUUCUCCUCCAUCUCUGCGUCCACCGUCUGCCUGCUCCUGCUCCUCGACCAUAAACACCUCCAAACAUGCGUUUCGUGGGUCUCGGUUCUGCGGUGCUGCUCGCCUCCUUGCUGGCUCUGGUCGGUGUUUGCUCCGGACUCUCGGACGCGCCCCGCGGAGUCGCGGUCGGGUUCGUCUUUGACCCCAAAGCGAGGUGCGAGCCGCCGUGUGCACACGCGGGGAUCUGCAUCCGCAACAACACAUGCUUCUGCUCCAGAGGCUACGAAGGAGAGACCUGCCAGUAUGCCAACUGUUAUCCCAAAUGUAAGAAUGGAGGAGAGUGUCUUCGCCCUGGAAAAUGCAGAUGUCCUCCAGGAUUUGGAGGAAGAUACUGUCACAAAGUGACGUGUGACGCCGGAUGUUGGAACGGAGGCGAAUGCAUCGCUGUCAACGGAGUGGCCAAGUGUAUCUGCCCCUCGAGCUGGACCGGCUCGAAAUGCCAAGAAGCGAUCUGUCCUCAGGGCUGCAGGAACGGGGGAAUCUGCGUGGCUCCAGGAAUCUGCAGCUGUCCGGAGGGAUGGCUGGGCGGCGCCUGCCAUACCGCUGUGUGCGCUCAGCCCUGCCUGAACGGAGGGAAGUGCAUUUCUCCGGACAAAUGCCGCUGUCGCCCGCCGUUCUCCGGCCCUCGCUGCGCGGAGAGGAAAAAGUCCCACUAGUGUGACCACCCUGUCGUGCUGAUGAGGACAAUUAUUAUAUUUUAUCUGAAACAUUGGUAGUUUUUACAUUUGUUUUUUAUCAUUAUUUUUAAAGAAACUGUUCUCAUUCUCAUGUACUGUACUGUAAUGUGUCAUUAAAUGAAUUUUAU